AUGGAUUUUUUUUUAAAUAUUUUUUUCAGCAUAUUUCUUAUUGACCAUUUGAUGAAUUCUUCUGAAUUUCAGAUAUACAGCUGCUUUUAUGAAAGCUUUAACCAGGAGUUGGAUGAGAAUUAUAUUCCUGUUUGGUAUAUGCUUGAUGAAUUUGGCUUAAGUGUUGGUCAUAGUGAAAAACCAAACUGUCGCAUUGUUCCUUUUUAUUAUGUUGAUCAAAAUCUUGCCUACACUUUGACGAUUUUUAUAGAAAUGGUGACGCGCGAUUUUGUUGACAACAAAAUUUGGUUGAAAAAUGCAGAUUGGCGGAACAUUUUACUGCACCCUUGGAUUCCUGUCGACUUUACUAAUCAAAAAAUUGAACAUAUUGAUCCAUCCGACGACUUCUUUUUUGUUUCCUCGUUUUCCUUAUAUUUGCUUCUUAAUUUUUUCGCAUCCUUUUUCAAUUGGCAUAAAAUAAUUGAAAUUCUUGAAUUUUUUUCAUUAAAUGAUUUUUGCAAAUUUCAGGAGGAACAUAUUGUCGAUAUUCGAUAUUCUACCUGUGGAUGCAAGUGGUUAUUUAUCAGGUAUCACUCAGGAAGAAAAUGUGCGUAUGACAAUGAUCAAUUUAUUGCAAAUUUACAGGGUAUCAAGUAUGAGAGAGUCGGUACAAUUGAAGAAGCCGAUAUAGUGUGGCAUCAACAUUUCCACAAUUAUAAAGAUUUAAAUGAAAAGAAUUCAAGAGCACUGAUCAAUCAAUUCCUCUGCGAAAACUUGCUAACUGUAAAGGGUUUAUUUGCUGCUAGUCUUACUCGUGGAUUAGAUAUGUAUAUUACCGACCAUUUACCCUGCAUUAUUCGAUUGAUGGAAUCUGGUCCUAAAAUAGCUUGCAAAUAUAUUCAUCGCCCUGUUUUGUUUCGACGUCCUGAUAAUGGAAAUUUGGUGAAGUUCGAUUUACGCUAUAUCGUUUUUCUUCGAAGCUUACGUCCUCUUGAUAUUUUGGUAUACAAAAAUUUCUGGAUUCGGUCAGCAUUAAAUAAAUUCUCUCUUCAAAAUCUUGAUGAUAUAUAUGCACAUUUCACAGUUUUUAAUUAUAUGGAUGGUGAUAAAGUUUUGAAUGUAAAUAUAAUCAGACGUGAUGUUCAAGUUUCAUUUAUAGAAGCAGAUUUCAUGCCGGUCUGUGUUAGAGAAUGUUUUUUUUAUCCUGAUUUCGCUGAUACUGUAUUUCGAAUUUUAUUCACCAAUAAGUACGACGAAGAAACUGGUAAAUCUUAG